AUGACGCGUAAUGUCGUUUCAUCCUAUCCCGUUUCAGGUCAGUCAUGUAAUGGGAUGUCAUGACCUGUGAUGUGAUGUCAUGACAUGUGAUGUUAUGUCAUGCUGUCAUGCCAUAUAUAUACGUCACAUCAAGCCACGUCAUGUCAGCCCAUGUCAUAUCAUGUCAUUUCCUUCCGAACCCAUUUCAGGCAAUAUCAUGCUACCCAUUUCAAGCAAUGCAAAGCUAAGUCAUGUCAAGUGUUGGUAUCACAUGCCAUGUCUCGUCGUACUAUGUCAAGUCAUUUCAUGUCAGUUAUGCCAUGUUUUGUCAUACCAUUCCUUGUCAGGUCAUGUCCAUCGAUGCUAUAUCGUACAAUGUUGUAUCAAUUAUGUCAUAAGUUUUAUCUAAUAUGACGAUAUACCAUAAUAUAUCAGUUAUGUGAUUUUUGUCUUACCAUUCCAUGUCAGGUCAUGUAAGUCUACAACAUGUUAUGUUAAGUCAUAUUAUGUUAUGUCAUCCAUUUUCACGAAAUGAAAUCUUGUCAUGCUUUUUCAUGGGUGUCACAACAUAGAAUGUCAUACCAUGAUGCAUCAGCCACGUCCUGUUUUUUCAUCCCUUUCCACGUCGGUUAAUCAUGUUAUAAUUAUGCCACACCUUAUUAACUUAACCACACCACAGCAAGCAAUUAGAUGCCAUAGCUAAUAAGAAUAAACCAAAAGGAUCGGACGAGGCCACUAUGGCGGACUCGCCAUUUAUACCAACAUCAACUUUCUCUGCCUCACAGAACCCUUGCUCUAGUAAUCCCUGUUCUGCGACCCAGCGAUGCCAAACAGGAUUCACCCGCAAAGGUUAUCGCUGUGUUUGCAUAAAUGGACUCUUUGGAAGAGACUGCACUGAAGGUAUGUUGCACUGACUGUGUCUAAAAAUUAUUCGUCCAAUACAGAUAUCGAAGUUCAAUUCAAUUACCAUACGAUUCCAUUUUUGUCUUUUUCUCGAGCGAAAAGAGGAAGACUCUUGCACCUAAAAGAACCUAAGGCCACGCUUGGCAACCGAAUGACAUCCAUAAGUCGUUUCCGAUUUUUUCUCCUCCCUUCUCUAUUUUUUCUUUUUUUUUCAAAAUAAACGUGUUUUUUCUUGUCUUUUGGAAACUGUAGCACCUCCAUACGUGCAAGUGUUUCCCGAUGUUAUCGAUACUGAAGAAGGAAAAACCACUUACGCGAGAUGUAAAAUUGUCAGUUUUCCUCCCCCACACUUGGUCACAUGGAGCCGCUCUCAAGGAAGUCUUCCUUCCCAUUUUCUAUUUAAAGAGUAUUUAUUCCUGAGAUACGUCACUAAACAAGACAGUGGGUCGUAUGUGUGUACUGCAACAAAUACCUGGGGCACAGACUCAUCCUCAGUUCAGCUGAGAGUCCACGCUCCCCUCAAGUUCACCAUCAAACCUCCUCCGUUAGUGAUAGUGAAGGCUUAUGAGGUUCUUAUACUGCCGUGUUCUGCUUCAAGCUUUCUAACUCCAAGAAUGUUUUGGACCUAUGGCAAGACCUGGUCCUUGCCUAGUGGUGCAAGUGUUGAUUCGUCAAAUAAUUUAACUCUUACAUCUGCGAAUUUCAAUCAUGUUGGUGUUUACACUUGCACUGCGUAUAAUGCAGUCAGAGUCAUUCGAGCAAGAGUCACCGUUUAUGUCAAGUAUCCCGACACCUGCGCCAGAGUGAAGACAGACAUCAGUGAAGUAAGUGGCUAUUAUAUCAUUGAUCCUGACGGUGUUCUUGGCGAGGAUCCAUUUCUUGUUUAUUGUAACAUGAGUGACCAAGGAGGCGUUGGAGUGACAGUUAUCAGUCACGACAGUGAGGAAAGAAUCCAUGUCACAGGAUACAACGCGCGUGGGAGCUACAGCCGUGACAUUCACUACCGCUACAGCAACCUCUCACAGAUCAAAAGACUGAUAAACGUGUCAGGAAACUGCCAUCAAUUUAUCAAAUAUGAAUGCUAUGGUGCUACAUUAAGGCUGGGCUAUAUGAGUUGGUGGGUUUCACGUAAUGGUCAGACCAUGAGGUAUUGGGGCGGAGCUUCUCAGGGAUGCGCAUGCGGAGUGACUGACUCCUGCGCCCGAACAGACAAGCCCUGUAAUUGUGAUAAAAAUGAUUUUGUUUGGCGGGAGGACAGUGGCUUUUUGACAAUCAAAUCUGACCUUCCUGUCAUUCAGCUGAGAUUCGGUGACACUGGUGGUGCUAAUGAGGAAGGAUAUCACACCCUAGGAAAACUGGAAUGCUACUGAUGAACUUGAAGUUAUUUCAUUAAAUGAAAUUUUCUUUAACUGUGAAACCGGUUUUGAUCUUUACAUACGUGGGCGAAAGAUUUGGAUGAAGUUGACUCGCCGCAAGUUUGACACCUUAAGGAAUGGAAAACAAGAAACAUUUUUGUGAACUUUUGCAAUAAUUUAACUUGUCCCUUAACCAGGAAUGGUGGUUUAAUUUCUGUCUUUGAUUUUCUUGGAGCCAUAUCCACAAGGCAUGUGUGAGAAGGCAAUUACAACAAAAUUUUCAAGUUUUGUUUGGAAGAGGUUGUCAUGGAGAAAGAAAUACCACUCGUCUAUUUACAUACUUAACAAAAACAUUUUUUUUCUUCGUUGUAUUCCACAAUUUAAUUUUUAAAUUUAACGAGCUAUGAGCCAUAUUCAAAACACGCACAAACUUCUCAUUGGUCAAGAAACUUAAAUUCUUGUUAGAGUAGACCUCAAGCCGCAGAUUGCCAAGAAAAAAAGAAAUGCCUCAAAAUGACAUUACCUAAUUCUUUCAAUUAUUGGAGAUAUUUUUUUUUCUCGAACGGAGAACCCCUUGAAUUAUUAACUUAGUGUGCUUACUUAGAUAGUUCUGGAAAAAGAUUGUAUGUAGUUUGACAUCAGAUCUUUUAUAAACACUUGUCGGCGCUCAGCGUAAUGUCAGACUCGAAAUCAAGAGAAGAAGAAGACUCGAGACCCCCUCAACAACUAGAUGAGUUUGUUUCUUUGUUUUCCAAGGAUCAACAUCUCGAGCUAUGCUUUUUUCAACGUUAAUUUCUUCCGAAACGCAUGAAACUCAAUCCUUUCUUGAAAAAAUUUCAUGCAAUUUGGUGUAAAUAGACAUUUUCCGAGUUGCACAAUUCUUCCUCUGUGAAACUGAGACUGGUGCAAAGCCUUUAAUAUUAACAUAAAUUUUGCGUUUUUUUCCAAAUAUGACUCAUCACAUGAGAAAGGUCAUCGUGAUGAAAGCGAGGGUUUUCAAACUCACAAUGGACUUAUUGUUUUCAUACUGGUAUAUUGGUAUAUUUGUUUAUCUUUGUAGUAAGUUAAUUUUCUGUUUUCUUGUUUCUACUACUCUCAUUUCAGGUCGCAUAAACAACUUGUUUUCAAACUGUGCGUAAUUUGUCUUUUUUUAAUUAUUUUCCUUGGAAAUCAAACAUUACGCGAACAGUUAACCAAGCGGAGUUUAUGUUUUGAUGUUAAAAAAGUGAAGGUUUACUUUUCGUCUUAAAAAUGAGGAUCUUUACAUUACUAAUACAAACAGAAACAUUAGUUUCAAUAUCAUAGUCAAUAUCAUACGAACGAAAUUUUGAGUCGGUAGGACACCUGCUCACCAACUGAGUACUAAGCUUUGCUUGAUAAAACGUCAAUAAUUUAAGCUAAAAGCUUUAAAGAAGCGGGUCUUAUUGACAAACAACAAUUUCAAAAUAUUGACCAUGCUUUUGAAACUUGACACACUUCCAAAAGUUACACAUAUAUAUUGGUAGCAGGUGGUAAGCUUGAUUAUUUACUGCUGUAACGGCCGACAAAGUACUCAAGCACGAGUCACUAAAGAAACGAUUGUUUUUUUUUUGCACUUUCUGUGCAAGAGUACGUAAAAAAAAACUUUGCAAGAUUAUGGAAACGUUUCAAGUUCUGUUUCUACUUGCAACUUUGGGGAAAAGUUGCUUAGCGUCGAACAAAGGUGAGCGUUGGAGUUUUAUGCCAUGUGGAAACAUUAAUGCACCUAACUGUACAUGUCGUUUAUCAUUAACUUAUAACUUGGUGUUUGAUCUUCAUUUUCAAAGUUUUGAAACAGUGUGUCAUUUUAGAAAAUCACCAUUAAAUGCUAGUACGAUAUAGUCAAAAGACGUCACUUACAGCCUUGAGAACAUGCACGCAAAUCCGAUUGAAGAAUUUUACAAAGUGGUUAAUUCUAGAAUAAUUUACACCUAUUUGCCAAAAUGUUGUCAUAGAAAAAGGCAAACGAAUGAAGGGAAAAAGCUAAAUAGAAGUUUAUCAGCAUAUAAAACUGAUCUCUGGAGACAUUCUGAGCAGAUGAAAAUUUUCCACAGUGUUUCCACUGAAAAACUUUUCGAGACUUCAGAUGCUUGCUAGAAAUUUCAAGCAAUUUUAAAAAUACAAUAUUAAACAAAUGAUUAUGUGUGGACGCUGUAUGCUUAUGCUAAUUGUUAACUAAUUCAAGUUUGGCUUUUUUCGUUGUUGUUGCUUUUUUCAUGUCAACCUUACAUCAUAGCCGUUUAAUUUCUUCGCAUUGUAUUUCUGCGUUCAUUUUAGGUGACACGAGUUUACUUAAACAUAAUCCGUUUUAAGAAUUCUUUCUCAACCAACAAUCAGUCAUAAAAACUGCACUGAAACCCUAAAAUUUUUGUUGCCGUAGAUAUAAAGCUCGUCCUCCCGCGAAAUGAGUUUUUGGAAUUUGUUGAAAUAUUAAUUUCCCAUGUCUUUGAGAAAUACUCGAAGGUUUCGUUAAAUCAGAGCAAAGAGAGAUCUUUGGCGGACCAGAGCUUAGGUGUAAAUUGGAACACCAUGGCAUCUUUCUUUUUUUGUUCUACUUUACGUGACUCAUUAGUUAGACUCUGCGCACGCAACCCUUUUAUUUCAUUCCCAGAGGAUUGUCGGCUGGUGAAAAUGAAUCCUUCGGUCCACAACUUCUUCUUAGAGAGUCACGUGUUCAGAAGGCUAGAAAUAGAAUUGCCCAGCGCCUGUGAAGUGAACUGUUUUAUGGAUGCUGACUGCGUCUCGUACAACUUGAGACAGCCACAGGAUCUCGACGGAAGGUAUUUGUGUGAACUGAGCGAUUCUACAGACAAAAUUCAUCCCUUGGAUGUCAAAUUCGAAGAGGGAGCUGUUUACAAAUCAUUCCGGGUACGAUGGUAUUUUUUACUCUGUCAUUAUAAAUAGUUCAUUCGCCAGCAUUAUAUAUAUUCCCUUAGCUCCGGUUGGAGCAUAGGCCAUUAACCACUUCCGUCCUCCAUCGGGUUCUGUCCUGGGCAAAACUUCCUAAAGUGGCCCAAGUGUGGCCCCAGUUUCUCAUUUGGGACUCUACACCUCUUCUCCAGGAGUUCCUGGGACGACCCCUCUUUCUCUUGCCCUGGGGGUUCCAGCAUUACGUGUUCUACAAAUAUAUUGCAUAGUAAAGUACACGCUACCUUGAAAUGUUCCGUCGAGUCAUCUUAAAACCAAGUCCUACCAUUCAUUUCAGGUCAUUCAUGUCACGUCGUGACAUUUGGUGACGUGUUGUGUGACAAGGUGUCAUAUCACGUCAUAUUACGUCAUGUCACUUUUGAGUUAUUUAGAAAGAAAAUAAUAAUAACUCUAUGUUAGCCUGUAGAGUGGUAUGUUGCUCGCACCAAUCAGAUCGCCGCAUUUGGGUAUUUAUCUCGCACCAAUAAGAUUGCUGCAUAUGGGUAUGUAUCUCGCACCAAACAGAUUUCCGCAUUAGGGUAUGUAUCUCGCACAAAUCACAUCACAGCAUUUGGAUAUCUUGCACCCCCACAGCGUUUAGGGUAUGUAUCUCGCACCCAUCCUAUCACAGCUUUCUUGCAAAUGAUGUCAUAGAAUCAGGGGCUGUGCACUUAGAAUGACCUCACACGAUGUUAAUUCAUGUAACGUCAUGUCAGGUAACCCAUUCCAUGUUAUGAGAUAUCAUGCUUUGAAGUGUCAUACCUGCGUAUGUUAUGCGCUGUCUCAAAAUACCACCGAAUACCGCUAGAUGCCAUGUUACUUAACAUAAACAACAAAUAAACAUAUUUUUUGUUGAAUUAUACACUUAUACAAUUGAAAUAUUUCUCUGCCUCACAGAACCCUUGUUCUAAUAAUCCCUGUCCUGCUAUCCGUCGAUGUCAAACAGGAUUCACCAGCAAAGGUUAUCGCUGUGUUUGCAGAAAUGGACUCUUUGGACGAAACUGCACCGAAGGUAUAUUACAUCAAUAGAUUCGCCUGUGUCCAUAAAAAUCAUUUAUGUUACAUAUAUUAUAUCCGAGACUUACCAUUUGCUCCUGGUCUUCUCUUUGGGUGAAACGAGGAAGACUCUAGCUCUUGCUCCUGGACUUUUGUGAAGGGGCCUAAGAGCCAGCUUAAGGCAACCGAAUGAUGUCCGUAAUAUCGUUUCACUUGUUCUUCCUCCGUUUUCUCUCUUUUUUAGUAAACAUGUCUCUUUUCUUUUGUAAAUUAUAGCACCUCCCUCUGUACAAGUGUUUCCUGAUUUUAUUGAGACUGAGAAAGGAAAAGACAUCUCCAUGAAAUGUGCAAUUUUCAGUAUUCCCCCUCCGCACCUAGUUGCAUGGAGCAGGUCUCAAGGAGCUCUUCCUUCCCAAAGAAGUAUCGUCCAAGAAGGAAAUUUGACCUUAAAAAACGUCACUAAACAAGACAGUGGCUCAUAUGCGUGUACUGUAGCAAACAUCUGGGGUACAAACACGUCCUCAGCUCAUCUUAACGUUUAUUCAGCUCUCAAGUUCAUUAUCAAACCCCCGUCGAAUGUGACAGUGAGGGCACAUGAAGCUCUUCUUCUGCCAUGUUCUGUUUCGAGCGAUCUGACGCCAACGGUGUCUUGGAUCUAUGAUGGGGUUAUGUCAUUACCUCUUGGUGCGAGUAUUGAUGCCUCCAAUAACUUGAUUGUUUCAUUUGCUAACUUCAGCCAUGGUGGCACUUACACUUGUAAUGCGACUACUGCGCGCAAAUCCAUUCAAACAAGUGUCACCGUCUCUGUCAAGUACCCAGAAAGCUGCGCCAGAGUGAAGGCAAACUUUAGUGACGUCAGUGGUGACUACGUUAUUGAUCCUGACGGUGUUCUUGGCGAGGAUCCAUUCCCUGUUUAUUGUAACAUGACUCACAAUGGAGGCGUUGGAGUGACAGUUAUCAGUCACGACAGCGAGGACAGAAUCCAUGUCAUAGGAUAUGACGCAUAUGGAAGCUACAGCCGUGACAUUCAAUACCGCGACAGCAGCCUUUCUCAGAUCACAGCACUGAUAAGAGUCUCAAGUAGCUGUCGACAGUUUAUCCGAUAUGAGUGCAAGGGUGCUGUAUUAAGACUGGGCCGAGUUAGCUGGUGGGUGUCACGUGACGGUCAGAUCAUGAGUUAUUGGGGUGGAGCUACUCAGGGAUGCGCAUGCGGAGUGACUAACUCCUGCGCCCAAUCAAACAAGCCCUGUAAUUGUGAUAAAAAUGAUUAUGUUUGGCGGGAGGACAGUGGCUUUUUGACAAUCAAAUCUGACCUUCCUGUUGCUCAGUUGAGGUUUGGUGA